GAAACACUUGCAUCGUUGACAGCCAUUAAGGUCUAACAAAAGCAAUAACUAUAAUGAUAGUUAUUAUCAUCCUGUCCCCUCCUCCUCUUCAUCAUCCUCAUCAUCAUCAUCAUCAUCAUCAUCGUCAUCAUCAUCAUCAUCAUCGACAUCACUAUUGAACACCAAUAAGGCGAAGGAUCUCCAUCAUAAAUGGAUGAGAAAUCCCUUCUGUUGAUUCGGCUUGCGUGACAUGAUAAACAUCCUUCGGAUAUGUGUGAGAAGAUUGAACUCCAGCAUCUUUAUCUUCCUGACCAGCUUUGUGGUCAAUAUUCAAGAGACUUGGGAUCAUUUGCGCAGUAUCAAGCUAAUCAACUAAAGUCUAAGCCAGACCAACUGUUUGAUACUGAUGGACAAACAAAACCAGCGGUUGGCUUCUGGGCAUAUUGGGAACAAUGUAUCCGACUUCGAGACAUUAUUUUUCACAAAAUUGGAGAAGAUUGGGUGUUCUUAGCUUUAUUAGGAAUUAUAAUGGCCUUGAUGAGUUUUACAAUGGAUUACGUCAUUGAAAAAUGCCAGGAAGCAAAAAUCUGGCUCUUUGAGGAGUUGUCCUUCUCUUUAGCAUUACAGUUUGUGGCCUGGGUCACGUACUCAUUAAUGUUCAUUCUCUUUGCUACCGGCUUUACACACCUUGUCUCGCCUCAGGCAAUAGGUUCUGGAAUUCCAGAGAUGAAAACCAUUCUUCGAGGUGUUGUCCUAAAGGAAUAUCUUACCUUCCGUACACUGGUUGCCAAAAUUGUUGGCCUCUGUUCAUCGCUGGGUAGCACAUUGCCCCUGGGCAAAGAGGGUCCAUUUGUACACAUAGCAAGUAUAGUUGCUACACUCCUAGGAAAGCUGGUUGGCUCUUUUCGUGGUAUCUAUGAAAAUGAAUCCCGCCGCUCUGAGAUGUUAGCUGCAGCAUGCGCUGUUGGUGUUGCUUGCACAUUUGCUGCACCAAUUGGAGGGGUAUUGUUCAGUAUUGAAGUAACAGCCACAUUUUUUGCUGUCAGAAACUACUGGAGAGGGUUUUUCUCUGCUGUGUGUGGGGCACUUAUUUUUAGGUUAUUGGCAUUUUGGUUUAAAGACGAAGAAACCAUAACAGCUUUAUUUAAGACAACUUUAAGAACAGAAGUGCCAUUUGAUGCUCUUGAAUUGAUCAUUUUUGCAGGAAUUGGUGUAGCAUGUGGCUUAGGUGGGUCUCUCUUCAUUUUACUUCAUAGAAAAAUAAUUCUCUUCACCAGAAGACACAAAAGGAUGUCUGCUUUUCUACAGAAAAAUCGAUUUAUUUAUCCUGGAAUAAUAGCUAUUUUAAUAUCUACAUUAACAUUCCCACCUGGUCUUGGACAAUAUUUUGCUGGACAGUUGACUGCUCGUCGAGCCAUUAACGAACUAUUCAGUAACAUUACAUGGACCACAGGACAAGCUGAUGAUUUAGAAGAAGAGGCCAUCCUCAGGCACUGGAAUCCUCCGGCUACCAAUAUCUAUGUCACAUUAUUACUCUAUGUCAUUAUGACCUUUUGGAUGGGUGCCUUGUCAAACACUUUACCAAUUCCUGCGGGUGUCUUUGUUCCAGUUUUCUGCUGUGGGGCCGCAUUUGGAAGGCUGGUCGGCGAGAGUAUGUCUACAUGGUUUCCGGAAGGAAUUCGUAGCGGAGAUGUUGUUCGGAAAAUAGUUCCUGGAGGAUAUGCUGUGGUUGGUGCGGCAGCCCUCUCUGGAAGCGUAACGCGUACAAUAUCCACGUCUGUGAUAGUAUUUGAACUUACUGGUCAGAUUAGCCAUGUGUUGCCUGCUGUGGUUGCUGUGUUGAUUGCCAAUGCAGUUGCACAUUUUUUGCAGCCUUCCUUCUAUGACAGCAUCAUUCGGUUAAAAAGGCUGCCCUAUCUUCCUGACCUCAUCAACACUAAACAAGAUGCCUGGACUGUAUUUGUUGAAGACAUCAUGAUAAAAGAUAUCAGUUAUAUCACAUUUGUAUCGACGUAUUACGAUCUGCAGGAGUUACUCACCAACUCAUCCUUCAAAUCCUACCCACUUGUGGAUACUCCUGAAUCAAUGAUUCUUCUUGGUUCCAUUCAACGAUUUGAGUUGGAACGGUUGCUAUGGUUACAUCUAAGCAGCAACCAGACUUUGCUGAAUGAUCGGAAACCCUCGUCGCACACGCUCUCUCCUCCACCGUCUCCAGGGAGGUUCAGAAAAACAUCCUCACCGUCAAUCGUUCGCAAGAAUUCCUCACCAAAGUUGCCACAGCCAAUACCACGGUUCGUGGUGACCAAAGUAGAUGAGACCGGAACUGAGUUCGAUGGGAAUCUUGAUGAACAGGACACGAUUCCAGCGGAACCGGAACGGAAGGAAAUGAAACAGAAGCUGCACCAUAGUUUACCCUCAUCUGGAAAUUAUGUAUCACCUCCCCAUUUUAAAAGACUGCCUCCUGGACUAAGGCCUAGCAGCUUUAAAAGAAAGCGCAAUGUUUCUUUCCUCAAAUCGCUAAAUCUGAAAGAUGACACAGACUACCAUUAUGACACGCUCCAGUUGCCAUUGAGGUCAAUUCUAAAGAAAACCAAUUCUGAAUCACCAUUCCUCAGUCGAAGAGCCAGUACAGGAGAUCUUAGAAUGGAUGGUGAUCUCUUUUACCGAGAUCUUGCUGCCAAACAGAGAAAGGAAAGUAUUGUUGAAGAUGUACCAUUUGUUUUCAAGCUUCAACCCAGAUAUGCCUCAUCUCGUCGUGUCGUGUAUCUCUGUCCUCCAUUGGCUUUGAAAACCAGUAUGCCAGAGUCCUUGAGUAAAUUAUUCAAAGUGCCUUUUAAACAGAAUCGAAAAUCUGUCCACCAAGAAGACGUAAAGGAUAAAGACAAAGAAAGAAGUCUACUGAAUGAGCAGAUAAAUUGGGAAGGGUGUCAGAUUGAUCCAGCACCUUUCCAGUUGGUAGAGAAGACAUCUUUACAUAAGGUCCAUUCUUUAUUUUCACUAUUAGGUCUCAGUCAUGCGUUUGUAACCAAUAUUGGUAAACUAGUUGGUGUCGUUGGAUUAAAAGAGUUACGUAACUCGAUCCAGGGCCAAAUAGACGCACAAGCUAAAUACAAGGCAUCUGGCAGGCAUGAUGCUGACAGCAGCGAGGAGGACAAUGAUGACCCAGCCCAGUUGGAGGUUGUGCGCGAAAAUGGCCAUCGAGAGACAUUCACACUAGUCAAGAGGGAGAUUGCAGAGGAGACGGUUUGAAACGAAAGGAUGUGGUGAAACGUGUCUUGGUUUCCUGGUUAACAAAUACUGGAAUGUGUGUGUGUGUGUGCGUGUGUGUGUGUAAGCAUACGUGUUUGUCUGCUUUGGCAUUCUCUCUCUCUGUCUCUGGAAUCACAUUUGUACAAAAUCUUCAAAAAAGGAAGAGAGAAAAAAAGACCAAAGGAUAAAGGAAAAGAAAAACAAAGCUUUGUUCAGAUGACAGCAUCUGGCAAGGAAUUCCUCUCUCGGGGCCCAAAUAACCAUCAUCACCAUCAAUACCUUCACCACCAUUAACUCCACCACCACCACCACCACCCCACCACCACCACCCACUACCAUUACUUACAAAAGAACAAUUACAGUUUCCAUGACUCCACCGCAACAAGGUUCUGAGGUUCUACUAUAUAUAUAUACAUAUAUAUAUAUAUGUGUAUAUGUAUGUAUGUGUUUUACAUCAUAUUUCACACACCAUGGCUCACUCAGUCCUGCUCUCACACUCAACUCAUACUGUAAAGCAAGUAAAAAAAAAAAAGAGAGUGAAACAGACAAUUUUAACCUCCCCUCCACCCCACCCCAUCCCGGUCAUCAUCAUCAUCAUCAUCAUCUUCAUUUUUCUUCCAACCAUAGACCACCGUCCAUCUUAGACAUUCGCCUCCGUUGCUGCUAUACUCUGUGGUUCUUAACAGCACUGAUGCCAGUCUAAACAACUCUUGAUGCUUCCUUCAGACAAUAAAGAACAAAACACAAACACAAAACAAUU